CCGACGUACUUGUUUCGAAGAAUAACAAAACGUUGCGUUGACGCAACUUGAUUCGAAUGGACUCAUGUGUUUUAUAUUUAUCGCUGGACAUGCUAGACUGAAUGCUCACCCGGUGGAAUGAUGAAUGGAAAUGCAAACACUAGAAUGACCAACUCCUGGAUCAAUUAUCCCAUCUUGAUAGCAACUUUCAGCGUUCUGGCGAGUCCAACGGACGUUGGAUUCUGCGGUGGUCAUUUAAUGUCGCCAAGAGGAAUAAUUCAAACGCCAAACUUUCCUGGACCAUUUUCGGUGCCCAUUAAGUGUCACUGGGUGAUAGACGCGUCGGACAUACCAUUUGGCAACAGCUCCAUCGUCAUUUAUCUGACUCAGCUGUACGUCUACAAAGGAUUAAAAUUCACCGAAUACGCCUAUUACGAGUCGGACAGUGUAAAUUUUGGUGGUAUCAUCAUCAAAGAAGUUACGGAGAGCAAUAUUUUUGAAUACCGAUGGUUCAAAACAUACAGACCAUUUCUCGUUAUUGACUUUCAACUGGAGAGACUUGAGGGGAAUCACGUACGAGUUCUUCAUGAUCUUCUCGAUGUUUAUGGCUUCAAUGUCACGUACGAAGUGACGGAGGCAGAUGCCAACCCAAAUUCCUGCACGGUUAGGGACUGCUCUUUUGCGGGAAAUUGCAUACUCGAUGGCACCUACGGGUCGUUUAGCUGUCACUGUUUCGAGAAAUUUAGUGGUGAAAAAUGCUCUCACGGUCCACUCUGCAUGGAUGACAAACGAGACACCAUGUGCAGAAAUGGUGGUACCUGCAAACACAUUGGAGCAGAAGCUGUGAGAUGCCACUGUGCCCCAGGUUACACUGGAAACAGCUGUGAAAUACAAUUUUUAAACGAUACCCACGGAGAUUGCCUCAGUUCCACCUGCAUCAAGCAAUGUACAUACUCACCCGAAACACAAAAGCCCUGCGAUUGCACGGAUCGAUUACCCGUGUACGAUAAUCGGGCGAGGUACGAGUGCCGUAUAAAAUUAGCAAAUUUCACGGCUAUUCGGAAUGGAGCCAACACACAACCCGGAUCUAUCGAGGCAUUACUCCGGAAACAUCUGGCGAAAUAUCUGCGAAAUUCAAAUAUAUCAACGGUGGAGGAUCUGAAAAUUCUGAGUGUGACGCCGUCGGCAGAAGUUACAUUUAACUUCUUCGGUGUCACCGGUGACGGGGAUAGAAUAAGAGAAACCCUGAAUCGUCUCGUUCAACGUAGACGUCUCAGUGACUUUUCGUUGGAGUCCACACACUUUACAUUCCAGCAGAAACCCUCAUUAAGACUCCAGAGCUUACGGGUUAAUCAUGUUAAUGAACGAGACGUACGAUUGGGGGAUCAGUUUAUCCUGUCGUGUAUCGCCCAAGGAAGCGAUGAAAUCAAAUUCAUUUGGUACAAGGAUGAUAUGCUCGUCAAUAUGAGCAAGUCUACGAGAGAGAUAUGGUACCGAGAAUUGCCAGAUGACGGUACAGACGUGCAUACAUCACUCCUGACGAUUGACAAGGCGACACUAUUAGACGCAGGUCAAUACACUUGUCGUGCAAUUGAUUGGGGUAUGGAGCAGUGCAAGAGUAUUAAUAUAGACGUGAGAGACGAGCCGGAUGUCAAAGUUGUGCCCAUGAGUGCAACUAUUGAAAAAGGAAAUAACAUCCAGUUGUUGUGCAUUACACCGAAUAUGAGGAGUUUGGGUAUUGGUUUUGGAUGGACCAAGAAUCGAGCUCUGCUGAAAUUAGAGCCAGGUCAUCAGGUAUGGGAGGAUCUCUAUCCUGCUGGGAGUAUUCUCAAGAUCAUCAAUGCCCAGAAAUCAGCGAUAUACACCUGCAACAUUGCUCAGCGCUCGAUGUCCGUCAGAGUGGAAGUGGUGAAUCGUACUUUGAUACCGAUAUGCCCUGAGGAUUACUCCUGGGGCUUAAUCUGGCCCGAGACUGGGCCCAACUCCGAGGCUCUUCUGGAAUGUCCUCGGGACUUUGUCGGGCCUAGAGUGUCCAGGCUCUGCUCCAUGAGGGACGCAAGUACUUCCAUCUGGCAAUUACCUGAUUUCUCAGAGUGUUCAUAUCAACCCUUCAUAGUACCUUACUCUAAUUUCCGAAGUUUAACGUUAGGCUAUCAAAAUACGACAGGCGCAAAGACAAUCAUCUCAUUGUGGGAGGCAAUGAGAUCUAGGAAAUUGCCCCUGUACCCAGGGGAGGGUGAUAGACUAUUAAGUAUCCUCUCGAUGAUCGAGGACUAUCAGAGAUCGACAAACGAUCUUGAUGACUUGUACAAUUCCGCUGAAGCAUUGACGAGAAUAGUUAAUAGAAUACUUAAUGAUGAGAAUUCAAUACUGACGAGGGAUAAGCAGUUGCUAGUUCAGGAGCUUACCCUCAGAAAUUUGGGGUACUGGACGAGACUUUUAAUUUAUCCCUAUAAGCAUCUCGCAUUGUCGUCGAUCGUCGUCGACAUUCAGGCCCUUCAUGCCGUUGAGGAUGACUGGAGGGAGUACCUCCUGCAGGUGCCCGUGGAUGAUUACAUGUAUCCCCCUUGGUACAGCGAUAGGAUAACGAUUCGUCUCAUCCGAUCAGAAAUCGACGUGAAUAUAAAUAAAACUUUCAGUGGAAUUGUGAUUGUAUAUAAAAAUAUUACAAAAUUCCUGCCGACUACAUACGUAAAGGAACUCGAGGAUGGAACGGACCUGGAGUAUCGUUUUAAUUCUCGACUGGUGACCGUAGCUCUUUCACCAUCCCUGGAUGAUCGCAGUGACUCAAAAGUUCAGAUAGAACUCAGAAUGCGAUAUCUGCAGAAUAUCACUGGCUCGUGGAACGUAUCCUGUGGAGUUGAAGACCACACGGGGUCCUGGGAUUUAGACUCGUGUGCAGCAACAUUAAUCAGGGAUGAAAGCUCAACCCAGUGUUUGUGCACAAAGCCAGGAACUUUCGCGGUAUUUCUAACUGCCCGAGCCACCAAAGAUCCACUAGCACAUGAUAAUCAAACCACGUUCAUAGUUCUUCUGGGGUGUGAACUGUGUCUGUUGCAGAGUACGAUAUCAUCUUUCAUUCUCGUAUUUCAUCUCUGGAAAAACCGGAGUUGGAUGAAUUUUUUGAAAUUACAGUGCGCCACUGCUGUCGUUGGGGCAAUGGCUGUUUUCAUUUACGCCAUUCAGAGUUCGUUGUCUCAGAGUUCCUAUGCAAUAGUGGCAGUGACUCUCGAGGCAUUUCUUCUGAUCGGCAUGUCAUCCCCAAUAUCUCAAGCUUUAAUAAUCUACGCGGAUCUGACUCAAGUGCGUCCGAGUCAGCAGUUUCAGCCAACUGUGAUAGCCGUGAUAACCGGCCUCCCAAUUAUCUGCAUUUUAACAACUGAAUUGACCCACAAAAGCACCGGAUGGCGACACGAAUCCUGGUGGUUAAUUUUUGGCACUGGUGUUUACAAUAUAUUUGUCAGCUGCGUUGCAACAAUGCUAUCAAUAUUUUUGGUGCUGUACAGUGGAAUUCUGUGGAAAGCCCAUGCCCUCAUGGAUCAAAGGUCUGUCAAGAGAAAAAGCAUUGAUGGAAAAAUUGGAUUACUCCAUCGAGCUGCCCUCACUGUUUGCGGGCUUAUCGUUGUCGAGGCCGCAUCUAUACUUUACGUUAAUUCUUCAUCUGUGAUUUAUCAUUAUUUUUUCGGUGGAAUAUCAAUUGUUCUGGGAUUUGUUAUAUUGCUUUCGUAUAUAGGUGGAGGAGAAGUCAGACUGUUUGCACCGAUUCUCAGGAAGCUGAGGUUUCAGGAGGAUGUGCAGAUUAAAUCUGAUUCAAUUAAAUUUCCAGGAAAAACGACAGAGUCGCAGAACGAGGGCACAACGUUAUCAUCGGGAACGAUGCUGAAUGGUCGAGGGUGCAGAGGGCACGUGGGCUCGACGGAGAGUCACGAUUACAUCAAGGAAAUGCCACCGUCCCAUGAGAAAUCGUCUCGUUAUCCACGUCGACCUGAUCCCCGAGUAUCGAGAACCGACGACAUAAACCUGGAGAACUACAGCACAAGCCCUCGAAAGUACCACGAAUCGAGGAAGUACUCUAAAACAAUUUCACCCCAGAAUCAAUACUGCCCUCGCGGUUUCCACGAGGUCAAUUCCAGGAGUAUUCAGCCUCAAGAUUCCCCGAAACUCGUGAAUUCCCGAGAUAUUCAAACAUCAACCUGUGCAGAUGCUGCAACUGCCGAAUGCUCAACAACAGUAUUAUGUAGUGUCGAUAUUGAAACGAGGAUAGGUUUAAGUGCCAUGCCAGACGUCACUCUGGCCACUAAAAGUGAUACCGAGCAUUCCAACAAUGUCGAAAUUAUUCCUCGUGAUAUAAUAAAUGUGAUACCGGAUAUAGCAAGCACUGGUGGACGAAAGCAGCCCGAUGGCGAGGAGAAGAGUGAGGACAUUGGUAAUUGUGAGAAUACUGCUGGAAUGCUUGAUCGCAUUUCCCAUGAUCUCGAUUAUUUGUUGAAUCGCACUGGUGAAGAAGCCUGAAUAAUUUAAUUAAGGUCGCUAUCGACAUUCCAGGCACAAUGUCCCUGCUCACAACAAGAGGUGGAUUUUUUUUACAAAUGGAAGAGGAAAUGAGGAGCGAAUGAAUCAGGAGUGAGGAAAAAUUCCGUAGGGUGGGGCAAAUUAAAUGGAUUUCAUCGGAAAUUUCUCGAGUUGGAAUUGGACGUGUCCAGUGUCAUUUUCAAGGGGUUUUUAUGCUUUAGGAGGUGAGAGGAAUUCAUCUGACUCCGAACAUUUUCUGGGGAGUAUUUGAGAAUUGAUAAAAUACCUCAAAUUUUUUGAAACAAUUUUACUCAGACUGAGAAUUUAAUUCUUGAGGGGCCAGAA